UUGACGACAGGCUCACCAAGCUCAGUUGCUGACUCACCCCGUACACGUGACAGCGCGACUUAUCGAUUUGCUGAAUGUUGAUCAAGCUUGCUGUGCUUCACGAUCCACAACUCGGACAUCCACCACCUCGACGCCAUGACGCCGUACCGGUCGGCGGAUCGAUCGCGGAGCAGCACUUCGCUGCUGCGCGCGAGUCCCAGUACUCGCUCCGACCAUCAUAGCUCUCACGAGUCGCAAUCACUGCAACUGGUAGAGGAUCUAUCGCGGCUGCUGAGCGACGAUGACCGCACGUUCAAGCGAAAGCUCGACGAAGAAACCCUACUGCAGCAACAGCGUCACGUUGAAGCGCUCGAGAAAGCACUGCAGCAGCAUGAGGCGGUGCGCAGAUCCGCCGAGCACACUUUCGAAGCAGUGCAGCUCGAGCUGGAACGUCAACGAAUAACGCGUGAAGCGGCACAGGCGCGAAGGCUGGCCGAGGAGCGGAGAAAGCUGGAAGAAGCGAAGCAAGCAGAGCUCCGGCGCGUCGAAGAGGCUCGACAAAAGGAAGAGACACUUCGCAAAGAGCAGGAGCGAUUGCUUCAAGAGCAACAACUUGCCAAGAAGCGCCGCGAGGAAGAUGAGUCGCAAGCUCGCGCUCGCGAACAAGCAGAGGAGCAGAAGAGAGUUGAGACUCAGCGUAAGGCUACUGAGGAGGCGGCAGCUCGUGAAGCUCAGACCAAGAGGCAGGAGCAGCUGGAUCAGCAGCGAGCCCAACAGGCUGCAGAAGCUGCUAACAGACAGCAGCCUACUGGCACUGCACAGUCGACUGUCCCUUCGGGCUUGGGGACCACACAAGCAGAGCGUGUCGAAGUACACAAUGCCUACCUCAAGCUGCACGCGCAGUGCAAGGAGUUGCGCAAGGAGGUAUCAUUGAUCAAAAACAGCAAUCGCCAGCUGUACGACUCCAUUCGAGAUAACGCCCGGCACAUCAAGCUCGCCGUCGGCCAGCUGGCUAAGAACGAUUCGAUUGGCAACCGCAAGAGGAUCAACACUAUCCAGGAGCACUGGAAGUGGUCGAUCACAUGUUGCCCUUCAGAGACUGCUGACCUCAAUUUGUACCGAUUGCAACCUGUCGAUCCUUUGCAGGUGCCGAAAGUCUUCUUGUACAUGGUCAACUACACAGUCAAAAUCAUCCUCAAACAGCUGGCGUACGAGGCGACCGUAGACCCUGAGCAUGCAGAGCCCAUCGGUAUACUGACAGCGACUCUGUUCUCGAAGCCAGAAUUCAAGCCGGGUGGCCACUUCAUGUCCGACAUGUUGUGGGCCAAAUUCCACAAGAUCCACGCGGCCUUGUUUGGUCUCCGGUUCAACGAACUCACGCCCGAUGGCAGACUGGCGCUCGGGUUCAAACGAGACGUGUAUACGUCCAAGACCAUGUGGCACGACGCGGUCCGAGCCCUAUCACGAGGCUAUGCCGCCAUCACGCUCCGCGAUUUCUCCAGGUCACAGAACGAGAACCCAUUUCCAAACCGAUUGUACUGGGAAGCAUUAUCGCGAGUUCUGACAACACCUGUCGAAGAGCGCAUAUCACUCCACUACGUGACGGUGGAUGGCAUGCUCGACCCCCUGUUCGUGCCUCGCUUCAUCAAGUUCUACGGCAACAACGCGCUGGCCGCGAUGAGAGCGGCUGUGCUGGAGUUUCCAAAACCGCCACACCGAGAAGGCCACGAGUUGGCCAAGACGACUUUACAGAAAUUGAGCGUCAAGUUUCAGGAGCAGCUCAAUUUACGAUUGUAGUGCAAAUUCGGGAAUACAGGCACUCCGUACACUCUGACCAUUUCAAAGGGCACCCCUCCUGCUUCUCGUACGACUGUGAACGCUCCAUACAACAAACAUGUCCACACCGCGACCUGGAACGCCCCAAGCGUUCCGAUGUAUAUGGACGAGAAUGCUCAGUUGCCACAAGCCUUGAACGGAAAAACGACAACUUUCCAGCAAAAGCCGCCCAUACCAAUAAGUACGAACGUGAAUGCUGUGAAGAGCGAGCUUUUGUCUGGUGAUAAGACAAAUCAGCCAUCAUUGGUCUCAGUGAGGAAGUCUGAGAACGGAUUGCCACUAACGCACUCCAUAUGGGCCCCGCCGGGUGUCAGCACAAGGUCCGACGCACGUACACACCCGCACAGCACUGCUGUCGUGAGCGGUCGCGUGGGCGUGACGACGAGAUCACCCACCAGCAUCCAAUGGAGGCCAGGUCCUGUCAUCAAGUCAGGUCUCUCCAACAACUUGUAUCGUUGAUACCGAGCAUAGACGGUCUGCGCAAGACCUCAUGUUCAGCAUAUCCCGUCUGUUUGGUAGCCUCAGUAUGCCACAUAGCAGGCCCUAAGUAGUGCUCAAACCAAUCCAACGUAGCUGUCGUCAGUGACUGCACAAUUUUGAUCAAGUAUUCAUUUUCAUCCC